AUGGCGUUGACGAUCAGGGCUGGCGCAAAAUCGUCCGCAAAACGAAAAAGACACGUUCGAUCGAAGAUUUUCGUGGGUGGAACCGGAUUCCCAUCACCGGGCGACUCUGCAGGCCUAGCAGCGAAUUCCGCCGACAGCCAUGAUGAAAAGACUGCAUCCGCUUCGCAGCAGCAGCAACAAAAGCCUAUCCACAUUUCCAGCAGAGAUUUGAGGAUUGAAUAG